AUGGAUAAUGGUGGCAAAACCAAAGUUAUCACUUCCGCUGCCCGGAACUUAGGCAAGAACCCUCUAUUACUCCUACCUAGAAACGCGAAAACCUUGACAGCAGCUGUCGGGGGUCUGCUGAGUUUGUCUGGAUUGAUCUCGCCGGACAACCCAAUCUCCCAGGCAGGUGGCGAACUUAAUCCCUCACUCGCCGGGCUUCUUAACCUCGCGGAACCACUUAUUUCCCACGCAAGCCCUGGAUCAGACUUAUCUUUUGAUAUUGGAGAACUUGGUCGGCUGUCCUCAGAACCUGAAUCCGGUGAAACAUCCGGUAACCUUCCUUUCUUUCUUGAGGCCGCCUCUACCCUUGUACCGCUUGCAGCUGGCCGGCGGCGGUCUCGCUCUGUGUCUUCAUCGUCGUCAAGUUCCGAUUCUACAGAAUUCGACUUUGACAUACAUAGUGCUUCGCGUCACAUAUACUUCCCAAAGUUCCGUGCUAAGAAUCACCUCUGGCAUCUGCCAAAUCUUCAUAAGGCAACGCUAGACAUUGUCCAAGCUGUCUGGAAGCUUUAUUACAAAUCAGCUUCUUCCUCGGAGUUCGAAAGGAAAGUAGCCGCUGCGAACCACAUUAUCCAACAGGCUCUCGGUGGGUACGUAUCGAGCACCAGAGAUAAGAGUAUCGACCCUGAGUUCUACGGCCAAGUGCGGGUAGGACACUUCUUAGCCGUACGGACCGCUCUUGACUCGGUCACAGAUCGCCUCACAGAGAUACAGAACGGUGAUUAUCACAGCAAAAGAACUGUAUCUAUUAUUCAGGGGUGUGGAAGGCAGCUCUUACAUAUCCAAGAAGUCAGCGAACAAGUAGCUCACACCUCAGGGGCUAUCUCCGACUUUGUGUUCGAUCGCGUCCGAUACCUUGCUUUCAGCUUCCUGGUCCUUCAUGUUGAGAAGGCAUUAGCGAUUCUUCAUAACUUGCAAUACGCGCUCGUCAAUCCUGACAACCUUUGCCUCGCAAAAUUUCUGUGUACUCUCUACAAGUGUAUUGAUGAGCACCAUGACGCAGCUACCAUCAAAAGAGUAAAAAACGAAAUACUACGAACAUCUGAGAGUUCCGAAUUUCUAUCAGAUAAUCCAGAAUUUUACAAUAAAUCUGUCUCCGACUGGGAUGAGCCAAACAAGGACGAUCCGCUCUCAAGCUGCUCAAGUCCUGGCAUAGCCUCUGACACCACAGCCAGCAUAUCAAGAAAUCACCGUUCUAGGAGAAUGUCGCCGAAAAAUUUGUUGAGGGGUCUUGAUCCGGGCAACAUCGUACCGGAAGGGGAAAGAAGAAGCAGAUCGGGAUCGCAAUCGCAAUCGCAACCAGCCAGAGCUCAAUCAGCUCCGCCUUCAAAGGGCAAGGCCAAGAAGCCGGAGGUCAGCUCCCAUCUUGAGGACGGGGAAGAAAUCAACUAUCCCUUACUACCUCCUGCACAAGAGUCUACGGUCCAGAAAAGGCCUGUGCGAGUUGGGGAGAUGGAAACCGGCUCUCCUUCGAGGCAGGGGGAGAAUGAUACCCGUCAAGGGCUAGAACCAAGUGAUCAUAUACGUAUCCCUGGGGGGUUUGAUGACUCGGUUCCCGAAAACGAUCUAAAUGAAGGUAGUCAAGGUAGAGGAGAAGAGAACAGAAGAUGGAAGGGUAAGGACCGUGAGUACAACGACGUUCCCGACCCCUACGACCGUGAAGGAAAAGAGAAAAGAAGAGGGAAGGGUAAAGGCCGGCUAGAACCAAGUGAUCAUAUACGUAUCCCUGGGGGGUUUGAUGACUCGGUUCCCGAAAACGAUCUAAAUGAAGGUAGUCAAGGUAGAGGAGAAGAGAACAGAAGAUGGAAGGGUAAGGACCGUGAGUACAACGACGUUCCCGACCCCUACGACCGUGAAGGAAAAGAGAAAAGAAGAGGGAAGGGUAAGGGCCGUGAGUACAACGACAGCCCCAGCUUCUACGAUCGCAACAGCCACUACGACCGCGGCGGGCCUGGCCACUACGACCGUGAAGGAGAAGAAAAAAGAAGAAUGAAUGGUAAGGGCCGUGGAUACAACGACGGCCCCGGCUUCUACGAUCGCGACAGCCACUACGACCGCGGAGGCCCCGGCCGCUACCACAAAGACGGCUACGACAGCUACAGCGACAGUGCGUUUGAAAGUGAGAUCGAUAAAUCUGGGGAGGGAUCUAGUGAAAGCGCGGAUGAUAGUGUCGAAGAGGUGAUGCCGUCUACUGAAAGGACGCAGUACAACCCCCGCACACGCUCUCUUCAGGAAAUUGAACGCUCUAUGGGCAAGAGUUUCCCAUCAAUGAAUCUCACCGAUGGAGUAGUCGUAGGCUGGAACUGGGUAGGUCGUAUUGGUACGCGGGUUUGCGUCUUAUACAGGAAAGGUGGCGCCCAAACGGGGCGCGUCGAAGCUGGUUCUUUACAUUCCUUUGAGAAGUCAGCCGCGACAAAUAUUGCAGCUCAGAUGCAGUCGAAUGUUCAGAAUAGGUCUACCGAAGAUGCAUCAAUGAGUGAGCCUUAUUACAACAAAGAUCAUGUGAAAGGUCUCGGCACGGUAUUUUGGGACGCUGGUGAGGCCUCUGACCCGCUCUCUGUUUUACAACCGAGUAAGCAACCUGGAACUGUGUACCCAUGGAUAUAUAUCGAGGUGGAAUGGAAGCACACGAAACGAAUCACGCUUGAGCCUCGAUGGACGCUUCCCCGACUGCUGAAAAAAUCUAAGUACUGGGUAGCUUGCAUGAUCUAUAGCACAGCAGAACAGCAAGAAAGGGCCAUUCAGAAGGCGCUGUGGCCUCGACGAAAGAUUCCCAAAGCAGUGCUUCCAUCAGAUCCAUACACCGAGAACCCUUACUCGCGACGCAGGCGCAGUCUUAGUAUGGCGCGGAAGGCUGUGGAAGACCAAACCGACUCUGAUGAAAGCGAAUACCUGGCAGACGAAGAGGCGAGAGAGGAGGAGGAAGAAGAAGAGUAUAAGGAAGGGGAGGAGAAGGGACGGCAAGCGCGAUCGAAGACACACGACAGUGGUUACGCUUCAGUUGAACCAGCCGGGCCAGCCUCAUACCGCAAAGAUGCACCAAGAAAAUCAGACAGAGAGGGCUCGCGUUGGAGAUCUCAGAGUUGGAACUCUCAUGAGUCGCAUCGUAGUCGUGACAACGCCUCCCCUGAGCGAAACUUCCCAGAAAGAAGAUAUCGUUCUCGGUCAAGUAUUGAGGAAGUCCCUAGGGAGACAGCCGACGGAAGGGGUAGAGCCAAUCAAUCUUCCCAGCCAAGGUCGGGCCGUGAGUAUUCGUCGCCCAGUCGAUAUCGAUCUUCUUUGCGGGAUAUGUGGCCGCAGCGUUCGCCAAAUUCAGCUACGAGCAGUAGUCAGCUUCACAGCCGAAAGUCUGCAAUGAAGGAUAGUGAUAGGCCGCGCAGGCGCGACCGAUCAGUCAGCUUUCGAUCUUAA